AUGGAGUCAACCAAGACCCAGAACACUUCUGCGCCGCAGCCAACUCAACAGCAACCCCAGUUUCAGCAACAGACAGUCUCUCAGCCCAACGGAGGACUUAACGGCUAUGCCACUCCAACACCACAGGCCUUCGAGGAAUUACGGGAACGCGUUGCGAGAUUGGAGGAACUUGUGUCUCCACGGUCUGUUUCGUCUGCCUCACGGAAUGCGGCAACAAACCCCUCGCCAAGAGAUGCAACCCAUGUAUCAAACGUCGCGUAUCCUAGCCAGAUAGGAAGUGUCGUUGUGAAAGGAUCAAGCUCUAGAUAUCACGGACAGAACGACAGAGUAACGCUUCUCAACCAGUUCACCGAGGCUAAAGAAUCUAUCAAUGAGAUCUCAAGGGACCCACAAAUUACCGGCCUUGCCAAACAGGUGCAGUUCCUUCAGGGGAAAUCAAAAUCAAAAAUCGCUUCUCCCGACACAGAAAAUACCGACUUCUCGCUGGCUCUCUUGAAGCUCAGAGAAUUCUUGCCUUCGAAAUCGACAUGCGAUCGACUAUUGAAUGUAUACUGGCGCCACUUCGAACAGACAAUGCGAAUUCUUCAUAUACCUACCUUCAUGCAACGGUAUAGCCAGAUCUGGAUGAACACCGACCCAGAAAUUUGCACCACUUCUAGUACAAUACCGCAGGUAACUGUCGUGCUGAUCAUGGCCCACGCAGUAGAUCGUCUUGCGCCUCCCGAUGACGGAAGUGAUCACACGUCAGCUUACCUUAAAGGCGCCGCUGGUGACCUGAUACAAGCAUGGCUCGACGAGUUAGGUCGAAAGAGACGGAAUGAAUUCGCCACAAUACAAGUCGAAGCACUACUGCUUCUAGCUAGGAGUCUUCGAAAUAUGCCCCCAGAAAAGAUCUGGAGUGCCACGGGAACUCUUGUCAGGAAUGCGAUGGUUAUGGGUCUUCAUAUGGAUCCUUCCAAGGUGGCCAAGAUUACUCCUUUUUACGCGGAAAUGAGGCGGAGACUGUGGGCGACGAUAAUGGAGAUGGACAUACAAGCCUCCAUGAAUGCUGGGAUGCCCAUAUUAUCCCUCGAAGCGGAUUUCUCGCCGCUAGUGCCGUCCAAUCUAGAUGAUGCCGACUUUGAUGAGAACUGCACACGGUUGCCUCCUGCGAAGCCUCUGUCGACCAUGACUGAUAGUCUCGCCCAGGUGUAUCUUGCAUCUUCUCUAUCACAGCGAAUCAGAGCCCUGUCCCUUCUCCAAAAGGUCUCCAGCGAGGUCGACGUUGUGGAAGUCAUGAGAGAGGCGAAGAAAUUAGAAGACUGGCUAUCACGAAAACCGGCACCGCUACGGUUGGACAAUGACGACAGGAAGCCGAAUGACGCAGGUUCUCUAGUGCAUCGCAUACUUACGGACCUCUAUGUGCGGCGACCCCUGUUAUGCCUCUACCGACCACUUCUCUUAGGCGAACGACAAGACAAUCCCUUUUCAUCAGAGAUCUCAAGGCUUUGUCUAGAGUCUUCUCUUGUCAUUUUAUCAUAUCAAGACUACUACGAUGCGCGAAACCUCGAGGAUGAUCCAAGGAUGCCUUCAUCCUACAGGAACUUCUUCUAUGUUGCGUGCAAGAACGACGUGUUAUGGGCCGCGCUGAGCAUAUGCCAACACGUUGAAGCACUGAAUCGGCAAACAAAUAUGGACCCCACGGAUCAAAUCAGCGAGCAACACAAGUCUACGCUGAUUAACGCCAUCCAGAAUACUAUUGACCGAUUCACCACUAGGAUCGGACAGCGAGACAGCGAUCUCAAGGAUGUGAUGUUUCUUUCCGUUGCGCUCGAAUCAGUCAGGUCUUCGCGACUUGUACAAGGCAAAAGCCAGGUCAUGUACGAAAUGGCAAAGAGGACACUGUCAGCCUGUCGCGAAAAUUUGAUGGAUUCGGUUGUAAUGGGGAACAAGGCACAUUCGGUUCCUGACUCGACUUCGAAACGUCCAAAAUCAGUGCAGAAAGUGCCAACAAGAACGCCCACCACCCCGCUUAUGAGAUCCCCUCCAGCCACGGAUCCUCUUCCCAACCUUAGCCCACCUCUGGAGCUAGACAGCUUCCUCAGCGCUACAUCUGACCUCGGUGUCGAAUUCAGUAAUUUCCAUGGCGAAGCAUUUGGAUUUGGUACGGACCCCGACUUCACCAUCGAUGCCAACUGGAAUUGGGACAACAUGUGGCAAUAGGUACCUGGAAUGUAGCCCUUGACGUUGAAAUUCAUCACUUGUUUCUCUUUGUACAAACGAGCCGCAUAUUUGGGUGGUUGAUCCAAACCUGCGGAUUGCGUUGCCAAUCCUCCAUAGCCUCUGACUUGGUCAUCUCUAGAUCGUAUGAGUCGACGAGGUGCAGAAGCAUCGUACGAAUAAGAACAUCCGCUACGAACUGACCAAGGCAAACCCGAGGUCCAAAGCCAAAUCUCCAGUAAUGGUAUCGCGCAUUCGUUCUCUCCUGCGCCAAGAACCUGUCGGGGAUGUAUUUGGCACGAUCCUCGCCCCAGAAUGGGUUUCGG